AUGGGCGUGCUCAUAGCUGCCUCCCCUGCAGAGGCGCCCAAGGAGACUCCUGAAGGGCAGGUGGUGGUGGCUGCAGAACCGAGUGUGGCUGUGGGAGGGCCCUUCCCGUGCUGGUCUCCUAUUCCCGAGGCCACUUUAAGAGAUAUCACAUGUACUGCCUCAGCUGCUUCAUGUCUCUUGGAGAUCCUCACCUCUGCCACUGGGAAUCCCCCGGCCGCCUCCCCGCACCCCCGGCCCUGGGUCCCGCCGUGUCCCUGGGCAGCCCCCGGGUACCUCCCGGAGCCCCCGGCCCUGGGUCCCGCCGUGUCCCUGGGCAGCCCCCGGCCGCCUCCCGGAUCCCCCGGCCCUGGGUCCCGCCGUGUCCCUGGGCAGCCCCCGGCCGCCUCCCCGCACCCCCGGCCCUGGGUCCCGCCGUGUCCCUGGGCAGCCCCCGGGUACCUCCCGGAUCCCCCGGCCCUGGGUCCCGCCGUGUCCCUGGGCAGCCCCCGGCCGCCUCCGGGAGCCCCCCGGCCCUGGGUCCCGCCGUGUCCCUGGGCAGCCCCCGGCCGCCUCCCGGAUCCCCCGGCCCCGGGUCCCGCCGUGUCCCUGGGCAGCCCCCGGCCGCCUCCCGGAUCCCCCGGCCCCGGGUCCCGCCGUGUCCCUGGGCAGCCCCCGGCCGCCUCCCGGAUCCCCCGGCCCCGGGUCCCUGGGCAGCUCCCUCUGCCGGCAGAGCGCACGCUGCAGCCCCGGGGGAGGCCGCCGAGCGCUCGCCUGCACACACACCCCCGUCACACCCCUCGCCCCCCUCACACCCCCGCCGCCGCGCCGCUGGGUGGUAGACGCCGCCGAGGAGCCUGA